ACAUUCCAGCAAUUGACAUGACAAUCACGAGAAAGACUCUUUAUUCUGUGGUUUAAUUUUAAUCAUUGCCACUUCGCAGAAACAAAUAAAACAUCUUGAACGUUUUUGAAGCUUUACGAAGUUACUUUCCAUUCCUUUUCGCAAAUAUUUUCUUUAGGCACUUGAGUUACAAAGUCGAGACAAGAUAUAGAAGAUAGUGGAUGACUUCAUGUAAUUGAGCGAAUGGAUAAUCGUGACAAUUAUAUUGAGAUAAAGAAAGAAAGAGACCAACUUUUACAUGAAUUAAAUGUGUUGAAGACAGAAAACGAAAAUCUUAAAACUACACAAUGUCGGUUAGAGAUUGAAGUAAAUAAUCAUAAAGAGAGCAUCGAACUUCAUAAAGAAAUGAGUUUGUCUCUAUGGAACUCUUAUGAAGAAGAAACACAAUCUCUUAAGUUUAAUUCUGCGGUUCUCUUCAACCAAGUUGAAGAAUUGCGUCUAAAGCUGCUUCAAAUUGAACAUCAUAACGCCGAAAUGGAAUCAAUAAUUCAAAAACAUGAGGAAGACAAAAUAGCUUUGAGCGAGAUUAUUCAGAUGCACGAGCAUAAUAUUAAAGAAAAUGAUCAAAAAUAUGAGAAGGAGAGUGAACAACUUAAAAUGCAAAUAGAAACUUUAUUUAAAGAAAAAGAAGAGCACGAGAAGGAAAAAAGACAGCUAGAAGAAAAGGGAAAACAACGUUGUGACGAGCUGCAAAGAGAGAUACGCCUACAUCGUCUAAUGCAAAGAAUAGCACAACAAGAUUUUGAUCAAGUCAAAAAGGAAAAUGAGCAACUCCAAGAGCAUAAUAGUCAGUUACAACUUGAUAACCAGAAACUACAGGAAGAUGGCAGUGAUCUGAAAAACGAAAAUUCUCAACUUCAAGACCAAAUAAGCCAGAUUAAAAAAGGAUUUGUUGAGAGUGGUGACGUGACCAUUACAGACAAAAAAUUAGGUAAUGGUGCGUAUGGUGCUGUUUACAUUGGCCAUUAUCGUGGAAAUGAAGUUGCUGUAAAACAGUUUCAUGAUAUUCUGUACAGUUCUUACAACAGAAAUCUAUUUGAACGUGAAAUAACAAUAGCUUCACAAUGUUUUCAUCGCAACGUACUGCAAUUUAUCUGCGCAACAAAAAAUGAAGACAACAAGCUAAUGAUUGUAACCGAGUUGAUGGACAAAUCUUUGCGACAACUACUGGAAGAAAAUGUUGAACAUUCACGCAUUGAGGUGAAAUUAAUUGCAUUGGAUGUGGCACAAGGAUUAAGCUACCUACAUUCUAAAAUUCCAAAACCAAUCAUUCAUCGAGAUCUCAGCAGUGCAAACGUCUUACUGGAAAUGCACAAUGACAGAGUUCAUGUUAGAAAAGCUAAAAUAGCUGAUUAUGGUUCAGCAAACUUCAAGUCAUUUAGCGUUACACAUAAUCCUGGCUGUAUAUCUUACAGUGCCCCUGAAGCAUCAUCCUCAAAGCAGAAUACUAAGCUGGAUGUUUACAGUUAUGGCGUUCUUGUAUGUGAGAUGUGUUUGUGCAAAGCACCUGAAACCACCCACAACGAACGUGUCAACUGCAUUCAAAAAAUACCCGAUGCCAAAAUAAGAGAGAUGGUGAUUAAUGCAGUGCAAGAAGAACCCGAAAAAAGAAGAAAUAUGUGCGAUGUUAUCAAAUUUUGGGAAAAUUUUCAAAAACAAUGACAGUGAUCAAAGCUUCCUCUAAAUUACAAAGGAAAUGAAUAGUAAUUGUUUUCAUUUAGCAUUAUAGGUGUAGGCAUAGCUGCUAAUGGGGAGGGAGGGCAUUCGUGCAGUUUUGACCAAUAAUAAAUCAUGACAAUGUUUUACCAAUAGUUUCUUGUUAUGGAGUGAACAAUUCCUUAUUAUGUAUACAUUAUUUCUCAUUUGUAAAUAUUAUCUUAUAUUUUUUAUUUACACUCCGUAUUCACUGGAAGUCGAAAGCAAGUAUAUUAAAAGCAAAGAACGCUUAA